UUCGUGAUUUUCGGGUUCGGCGGAAAUGCGAUCUGGUUACCAUUUCGCACUCUCCAUUGGCAAAGCCUCUCUGAGCUAACCAAAUCCAAUUCACAGCUCCCAUUUUUCUGCAUCGAGCGAGCGAGCGAGCGAGAGAAACUGUGAGAAUAGCCGGAAGCGGGAGCGAGCGAGGGAGCCAUUUUGAUCUGCAACUGGUGCCAGAGUGGGAAACUCGCGAUGUUCCUGCGGGCGAUCGCGCGGCCAUUGAUGGCCGGGGUGAAACAGACGACGGGGAUCGUCGGGCUCGACGUCGUCCCCAACGCCAGGGAAGUGUUGAUCUCCCUCUACUCCAAAACCCUAAAAGAGAUUCAGGCGGUCCCUCCUGACGAAGGCUACCGGAAGGCGGUGGAGAGCUUCACUAAGCACAGGCUGACGGUAUGCCGGGAGGAGGAGGAUUGGGAGGCGAUCGAGAAGAGGCUCGGUUGCGGUCAGGUCGAGGAGCUGAUCGAGGAGGCCAGGGACGAGCUCAAGCUCAUCGAGAAAAUGAUCGAGUGGGAUCCCUGGGGUGUCCCUGAUGACUAUGAAUGUGAGGUUAUAGAGAAUGAUGCUCCAGUGCCUAAGCACGUCCCCCUACAUCGACCUGGUCCUCUCCCCGAGGAGUUCUACUCGACGCUAGAGAAGUUGCAAUUGAAUUCCAAGGAGGCACCACCUGCUGUCACCUCCGGUGAGUCAAAGGCAGUGUAGCACGCUGCUGGAACUUGCAUCGAGGAACUUCCAUCAUAAGACACUAUUUUCUUGGAUCUUGUUUGUGUUUGUCAUCUUUGUAAUUUUCUGUUUCAGCCACAUUUAAAUAGAGGCUGUUUCAUUUUUAUGAGACAGUGGCUUUGAAGAACCAUUCUGCUUAAUAAUCUUUGGAACCAAUCAAAAUGAUAGGAGGAAGUUCUUUCUUCAAAUCUCUGUUUUGCCUUUCAGUUCCAAUUGAUCAAUUCCACUGUGGCGGUCCUUGCCAUCGACGGUGUAGAUUUUGGGUUUCGCUAGCAGGAACUUAUGCGUGCGUGUGUGAAGAUACAAGGUUCUCAAAGUUAUCUGCAGGACUUUUAUCUUCAUGUUACUUGAUCAUUUCAAUAUACUAUCUGGAAGAGA